UCUCUUCUGAGGAAACGAAACUGAUCAGAGUCUCUGUGUCGUCUGUCUGUGUGACAGUGAACAACCGUCCAAAUGGCUCAUCAGGGAGUUCUGCUGGACCAGGACCAGUUCUGUUGUUCUGUCUGUCUGGAUCUACUGAAGGAGCCGGUCACUAUUCCCUGUGGACACAGUUACUGUAGAAUCUGUAUUGAGGGCUGCUGGGAUCAGGAUGAUCUGAAAGGGGUCUUUAGCUGUCCUCAGUGCAGACAUACCUUCACUACAAGGCCUAUGCUGAUGAAAAAUAACAUGUUGGCUGAGCUGGUGGAGAAACUGAGGAAGACAGGACUCCAGGCUGCUCCCCCUCCUGCUCUGUGCUAUGCUGGACCUGGAGAUGUGGCGUGUGAUUUCUGCACUGGGACCAGAAAGCAGAAAGCCCUCAUGUCCUGUCUGGUGUGUCUGGCCUCUUACUGUGAGACUCACCUCCAACCUCACUAUGAAUUUCCUGGUUUCAAGAAGCACAAGCUGGUCAAAGCCACCGCACAACUACAGGAGAAGAUCUGCUCUCAUCAUGACAAACUGCUGGAGGUUUACUGUCGUACCGAUCAGCAGUGUAUCUGUUAUCAGUGUGUGAUGGAUGAACAUAAAGGCCAUGAUACAGUGUCAGCUGCAGCAGAGAGGACUGAGAAACAGAGGCAGCUGGGGAUGAGUCAGCAGAAGGUCCAGCAGAGAUUCCAGGAGAGAGAGAAGGAGCUGAAGGAGCUCCAACAGGCUGUGGAGUCUUUCAAGCGCUCUGCACAGUCAGCAGUGGAGGACAGUGAUCAGAUCUUUACUGAGCUGAUCCGCUCCAUUGAGAGAAGAAGCUCUGAGGUGAAGGAGCUGAUAAGAGCCCAAGAGAAGGCUCAAGUGAGUCAAGCUGAAGGACUCCUGGAUCAACUGAAGCAGGAGAUAGCUGAGCUGAGGAAGAGAAGCACUGAGCUGGAUCAGCUCUCACACACAGAGGAUCACAUCCAUUUCCUCCAGAGGUAUCAGUCUCUCUCCAGUAUCAGUGUAUCUUCAGACUUACCCAGCAUCGUUGUCCGUCCUCUUCAGUACUUUGGAGAUGUGAGUAAGACUGUGUCUGAACUGAGAGAGAAACUAGAAGACUUCCUUAAAGGAGAAUGGACCAAGAUCUCCACUACAGUGAAUAUAGUGGAUGUUGUACUGCCUCCAGAGCCCAAGACCAGAGAACAGUUGUUACAAUAUUCCUGUCAUCUCACACUGGACCCAAACACAGCAUACACAUACCUCUCUCUGUCUGAAGGGAACAGAAAGGUGACCUAUACAGGCCAAGUCCAACCAUAUCCUGUCCAUCCAGACAGAUUCACCAACUUGUGUCAGGUUCUGUGUAGAGAGGGUCUGUCUGGAUGCUGUUACUGGGAGGUGGAGUGGACUGGUGUUGUUGAUACAGCAGUCUCAUAUAAAGACAUCAGCAGAACAGGGAGAGGUAAUGAUAGUGGAUUUGGAUACAAUAACAAGUCCUGGAGUUUAAAGUGCAAUAGUGAUGAUUAUUGUUUCAGACACAAUAAUGUUGAGACUAAAGUAUCAGGCCCUACGUCCUCCAGAGUAGGAGUGUACCUGGAUCACAAGGCAGGUACUCUGUCCUUCUACAGUGUCUCUGACACAAUGACCCUCCUCCACAGAGUCCAGACCACAUUCACUCAGACCCUCCAUACUGGGUUUUAUCUCGAUGAUUAUAAUGAUACUGCUGAGCUGGUUAAACUGUAGUAGGGUCCACAUAGAUACUAGUCAUGCUGGUGUAGUCUAUAGCUGAGCUGGUUAAACUGUAGUAGGGUCCACAUAGAUACUAGUCAUGCUGGUGUAGUCUAUAGCUGAGCUGGUUAAACUGUAGUAGGGUCCACAUAGAUACUAGUCAUGCUGGUGUAGUCUAUAGCUGAGCUGGUUAAACUGUAGUAGGGUCCACAUAGAUACUAGUCAUGCUGGUGUAGUCUAUAGCUGAGCUGGUUAAACUGUAGUAGGGUCCACAUAGAUACUAGUCAUGCUGGUGUAGUCUAUAGCUGAGCUGGUUAAACUGUAGUAGGGUCCACAUAGAUACUAGUCAUGCUGGUGUAGUCUAUAGCUGAGCUGGUUAAACUGUAGUAGGGUCCACAUAGAUACUAGUCAUGCUGGUGUAGUCUAUAGCUGAGCUGGUUAAACUGUAAACUGAUUUGUAAUUAAUUAAAAUUCAAUACAAUGUUUUAAUCUUGUACAUUUCCAUGAAUCAUGAUGUCUGGUGUUGAUGUAUAUUGGUUGUCAUUCAGAACCAUUGAUAUGUUUUCUCAGUUGGUUCUCUGUCUCUAUGUAAUUCUCCUCAGUAUCAUUGAUCAGCUUGUUGGCUCGGUCCUAAUUGAUGUGUUCUCUGUCACCUGGAGCUGCAUGGAAAAUGGUCCAGGAACUAAAGGACAAUUCAGGACUAGUCAGCCCACUACAAGCUGGUAUCACUUACUUUCUACUAAACUAUAUGGUCUGGUUUCCCAGACACAGAUGAAUCCUAGUCCUGGACUAAACAGAAUGUUCAAUGUAGAUGUCCAGGAAACCGGCCCUAAAUGUGUCAUCUUUCAUCCUCCCAUACUGCUCAGUCCAGCAACAUUAAACCUGUCCAGCAGGUGGUGCUGUUGACCAAACAAUAAAACCAGCAGAUAUCUUGACUUGCCACUCAGUAUAUCAGUAAUGUUCAGAAUAGUACUUUAAUAUCAUUGGAGAUUGAUGGUCUUUUUAAUCCACUAUCCAGAGUCAGGAACAGAUGAAGUUAGGUCUGCUACUGUUCAGUGAUUAAAUAUGAUUUAUGGUGAUGGGAAAUAAUAAAAAACACUCAACU